ACGAUCACCAUACUAUAUGCUGUUGCUCUCAUUCACAAGGAGCAUACAUUGCACUACUUCAUCUUUUGUACGCUCUCCUACUGCUACUCAGCUUAUCUCCAAGAUGUCAACCACAGCCUCAAACGAAAAAGCACCGGUAUUCCAUUCGAUCGGAUUACCGGUACACAUAUCAAAAGACCCAAUCGAUCUAACACUGAUUCAAUUAGGACAGACAUCAAAAGACAAGGCAAAAAAUCUCGAACAUGCACGCAAAUCAAUCUUUGAUGCGGUCAAAAAACAAUCUUCCGGAAAGAAUAAUCGAAUGGUCGUCCUUCCCGAGUGUUGGAAUAGUCCUUAUGGCGUUCAUUAUUUCGAUACGUAUGCAGAGGAUUUCGGUGGCUUGUACGAGAAAGUAAAGACUCCUUUAGGGAAGAAGAGCACAUCUACAAUUGCAGAUGCUGCACACCGUGUCUCAAACGGUGAAGAUGAAAAGGACAUCGCUCGUCAGCAGCAGGAAGAGCUGGUUCAGCGUUGGACUGUAGAUGGCUUGAACGGAAAAGGUGUUAAUGUUGCAAAUUCCCCAAGCGAAACAAUCAAAAUGAUGAGUCAGAUGGCCAAAGAGCUUGGCAUUGUUCUGGUCGGAGGAAGUAUUCCUGAGCGAGAUGGCAAGACGGGUAAGCUUUACAAUACCGCCAGUGUAUUUGAUGAACAGGGACGCCUAAUUUCUCUGCAUAGAAAGCUGCAUUUAUUCGAUAUCGAUAUUCCCGGCAAGAUGACAUUCCAAGAGAGUAAAACGCUCACUGCUGGAGAUCGUAUUACCGUCUUUGAAUGUUCUUUGGGUCGAUUUGGCCUUGCGAUUUGUUAUGAUUUGCGAUUCCCCGAAAUGACCACCGUUGCAGCCAGACUUGGCGCGGGAGCGAUGAUUUACCCAGGAGCAUUCAAUACGACUACUGGACCAAGAUCAUGGGAACCAUUGCAAAGAGGAAGGGCAACAGAUAAUCAGAUGUACAUCGUCUCUUGUUCUCCCGCACGACCUUCACAAGCAGAGAUCGAAGGGCCGGAUAAAGCAUACCCAUCUUAUGGAUUCUCAAUGGUUGUUGAUCCAUGGGGCAAAGUGAUCAAAUCGCUAGACGAGAAGGAGUCCGUGCUUUCCUUGCAGAUCGAAGGAAGUCAAAUAGAAGAAGCACGAACAUUUGUUCCUACAUCUCGUCAACGAAGAUUUGACGUUUAUGCAGACAUUUCAACAGCAUAAAACAUACAUAUUCUACACAUUUUGUACCAAUACAUCAGCGUUUACGCAUCAAUAACAAACCCAUCGGCCUCAUGAGCCGUACUUGAUCGUCACUUUGGCCUGCUUCGCAUCCGAUCCCUUCACUUCUGUCCGAUAGUACUUGAUCGCGAAGAGCAGAAACUUGUCGAGCUGCAAUAUCUUUCUCUGCAGGAACAUUUGGAUGCUCUUUACGCCAAUUGAAAUAGCU